AAAGAAACUGCGUCACAGGAUUUUCUGUUUCUCCAUCUUGGGUCAUGCGGGGGGACAACGCGGCCUGGUUUUCAUGAUUAGGUGAUAAUUCGGUUCAGAAAACGAAACGGAUGGUGAAGAAGAGUUGAGCGUGCGGCGCAGAGUGGCCAUUUCCUUUUGAGGAUCCGUUGUGGGAUCAUCUGUGAACUCCGUUGUCCUGGUGCUGGGCCCACAAGUUGAUCUUGCCACCAGUUCACCCAUCACUCUGGUUGUGAAGAGGAGCGGUCUCCAUUAGAAGAAAUGGAGCAUCGAGGCAAAACGCUGGGGGCUGAUUUCAACCCCAUAGUGCUGCUGCAUAGAUUAGAUGCUCAGCAGAUGUUGCUGCUUAAAGAAGAUGCUCCUGAAGAACAUGGCCCAGGUUUUGACAUACAAGGUCCAGAGUCUCUCUCACCAACCAUGAAUGAGGAUGAUGAAGAGUUUCUCCUGUCCUCACACCUUCAUCAGCACCACAUACAAGACAGAGAGUUACCAGUAGAUCACUGUGAAGCAGCAGAACUCAAGAAGAAAACGCUAGACUCAAUGAGGAAAGUUCAGGUUGAACUGAAGAUUAGCUGUGAUGACAAUGGUAAAACAUGUAAAAAAAAUCCAUCAUCAAAAAGUCAUGCGAGAACCCUAGCAGGACAUAAACAUCUCUGUAAAUUGUGUGGACACACAUUUAACGAAAGAAGAAACUUAGACAGACACAUGAGAAUCCACACAGGAGAGAAACCUUUCAGUUGUCAUCUUUGUGGAUACAGGUGUAGCAUAAAAUCAAGUUUAAAAAAACACAUGAGAAUCCACACAGGAGAGAAACCUUUCAGUUGUGAUCUUUGUGGAUACAGAUGUAGCAUGAAAUCAAAUUUAAACCAACACAUGAGAAUCCAUACAGGAGAGAAACCUUUCAGUUGUCAUCUUUGUGGAUACAGGUGUAGCAUAAAAUCAAGUUUAAAUGUGCACAUUAAAACCCACACAGGGGAGAAACCAUUUAGCUGUGGUUGUUGUGGAUUCCGAUUUGGCAGAAAAUCAAGUUUAAAGGAACACAUGAAAACCCACACAGGAGAUAAACCUUUCAGUUGUGAUGUUUGUUUGCGAAGAUUUAGUCAGAAGGGUGCCUUGAGCUUGCACAUGAGAAUCCACAAAGGAGAGAAACCUUUCAGUUGUGGUCUUUGUGGAUACAGAUGUAGCCGAAAAUCAAGCUUAAAUAUACACUUGAGAAUACACAAGGGAGAGAAACCUUUCAGUUGUGAUCUUUGUGGACACCGAAGUCGCAAAAAAUCAAAUUUAAAUGAACACAUGAGAAUCCACACAGGAGAAAAACCUUUCAGUUGUGAUCAUUGUGCAUACAAAUGUAGCACAACAACAACCCUGAAGGCUCACAUGAGAAUUCACACAGGACAUAAACCUUUCAGUUGUGAUCUUUGUGGAUACAGAUGUAAUAUAAAGUCUAGUUUAAUUAUGCACAUGAGAACCCACACAGGAGAUAAACCUUUCAGUUGUGAGUUUUGUGGAUACAGAUGUAGCGUAAAGUCUAGUUUAACUGCACACAUGAGUACCCACACAGGAAAUAAACCUUUCAAUUGUGACUGUUGUGGAUACAGAUGUAGCAGAAAAUCAAGUUUAAACCAACACAUGAGAAUCCACACAGGGGAUAAACCAUUCAGUUGUGAUCUUUGUGGACACCGAAGUCGCAGAAAAUCACAUUUAAAUAUACACAUGAGAAUCCACACAGGAGAGAAACCUUUCGUGUAAAAUUAAGUUUAAAACAACACGAGAACCCACACAGGAGAGAAACCUUUCAGUUGUGAUCUUUGUGGUUACAAAUGUAGCGUAAAAUCAGGUUUAAAUGUACACAUGAGAAUCCACACAGGAGAGAAAUCUUUCAUUUGUGAUAUUUGUUUGCAAAGAUUUAGUAUAAAAGGUAAUUUGAAUAAACAUUCAAAUCCAUACAGGACAGAAACCUUUCAGUUGUGAUCUUUGUGGCUACAGAUGCAGCAAUAAAUCAAGUUUAAACAAACACAUGAGUCUCCACACAGGGGAUAAACCUUUUAGUUGUGAUGUUUGUUUACAAAGAUUUUGUCUGAAAGGUCACUUGAACCAGCACAUGAAAAUCCACACAGGAGAAGAGCCUUUUGGUUGUGAUCUUUGAGGUUAGAGGUGUAUCAGAAAAUCACAUUUAAAUGCACACAUGAAAAUCCACACAGGAUAAACCUUUCAGUUGUGAACUAUGUGGAUAUCGAUGAAGCCAGAAAUCAUAUUUAAAUUUACACAGGAGAGAAACCUUUCAGUUGUGAACUCUGUGAAUACAGAUGUAGCGUAAAAUUAAAUUUAAACUGACACAUGAGAACCCACACAGGAGAGAAACCUUUAAGUUGUCAUCUUUGUGGAUAUAGAUGUGGGGCAAAAACAAGUUUAAAUGAACAUAUGAGAAACCACACAGGGGAGAAACCUUUCUGUUGUGAUCUUUGUGAAUACAGGUGUAGUGUAAAAUCAAAUUUAAAUGUACACUUGAGAACCCACACAGCAGAGAAACCUUUCGGUUGUGAUCUUUGCCAAUACAGAUGUAUCAGAAAAUCACAUUUAAACACACACAUGAGAAUCCACUAAAGAUAAACAUUCUAGUUGUGAUAUUUUAGGGACAGGAAAUAAGGACAAAUUAUAUUUUAAAUGGAAGACU